CAGUGGGUUUUCCGCGCGCCAUUUCAAACAUGGCUGCCCCGCUGGGUGGUAUGUUCUCCGGGCAGCCGCCGGGUCCCCCGCCACCGGGUUCUGGGCUCCCGGGCCAGGCUUCGCUUCUUCAGGCAGCGCCAGGCGCUCCGAGAAGUUCUAACAGUACCUUGGUGGACGAGUUGGAAUCAUCAUUCGAGGCUUGCUUUGCCUCUCUGGUGAGCCAGGACUACGUCAAUGGCACUGAUCAGGAAGAAAUUCGAACUGGUGUUGAUCAGUGUAUCCAGAAAUUUCUAGAUAUUGCAAGACAGACAGAAUGCUUCUUCCUGCAAAAAAGAUUGCAGUUGUCUGUGCAGAAGCCGGAGCAAGUUAUCAAAGAGGAUGUCUCAGAGCUGAGGAAUGAGCUGCAGCGGAAGGACGCGCUGGUGCAGAAGCACCUGACCAAGCUGAGGCAUUGGCAGCAGGUGCUGGAGGACAUCAACGUGCAGCACAAGAAGCCAGCUGAGAUGCCGCAGGGCUCGUUGGCCUACCUGGAGCAGGCGUCUGCCAAUAUCCCUGCCCCUCUGAAGCCCACCUGAGGCCAUCUGGGCACGCUUCUGCCUCACAACCUCCCCUGGGGCCUUGGAAGAACUCUUUGCUACAUGAUGGGAUGAUUUGGGGAAACUCUUUGCUCCUUAACAAGAUGAUUUGGGGAAAUUCUUUGCUACACAAUAGGGUGAUUUUAGUUCUAGCCUGCCAACUAAAAUUCACCCCAUUUUUAUAAAUUAUUCAUUUCUUUCAUACUUUAUAAAGUGGGUGUAGCUUUUAACAGAAUAGUUUUUUGUGUGUUGUGCAAAGGUGAGACUGAAAAUAUUGACAGUUUGUUUUGUCUGUAUGACUUUGUUUUUCCAGUUAGUUUAUGUCAUCUGUGAAUGAAAAUAGCCUGGGAACCUGGGGAAAGAAUUUUGGCUUAGGGUUUUUGGGUAAUUACCCUUCAGGCAAUCUAAAAGUAAAAACUAAAUUAUGUUUAGACUUUGAACUACCUCAAGAGGAGGAAUCUAAUGUGACCACAUCUGCAGUGCCUCCAAGGCAUUCCAGAAGUGGGUGUUUUGUAAAUAGGGCAGAAGGAGAUACAAAAUAUUCUGGGUCAGGAUUGCAGUGCUGCAGAGGUCCCUAGCUGACACUGCUUUUGUUUGGGUGUGUUUUGUGUGGUGCUUGCUUUCACUGGGGGAGGAGGUGGGAGGAGCAAGCGCUGCAGAAGUGAACCCAUGGUAGGAAAAGGGCUGAUGGUGCUGUCGAUGGUGCGGUAGCUGGGCAGGGGAGCAGCAGUUUAAGCUUACUCUGGUGGCCUCCAGGCUGCAGUAUUGCUUGUUUGUAUUUCGUUCAUUUGGAGCUGAGAUGCUGGAGUUGAUUGUGCAGGGCUGUGGCUUUGGACCCAGGGCUGGGCCUCGGGCUGCCCCAGGAGCUGUGCAACCCAGUGCUGGUGGGGCGUGCAGCCUCUUGGUGGGUGAGGUUCUCCCUCUCCUGUUGCACCCAUGGUUUUAUGAAUUACGUCCCUUCUGCCUGAGUGUGCAUUUCACUGCCUUCCACACCUUGUGUGGCUCUGAAUCUUAGCUGUUCUGUUUUCCUUGGCCAUGAAUGCUCAUUGAUGUUCUCGCCUACUGGUGCCCUUCCCCCUGCAGCCAAGGACACAGGCCUCUCCCCUCUCCCCAUCUGGCUCACCCUAAAGGUUAGGGAUUCAGGCUCUGUGAGUCACUCUGUAUGCCAGUUGGUUCCUUGAUUAAGGCGAGACUGUGUAUUAUUUAUCGUUGCUCAUGUUUGCUUGUGUGUGUGCUGUUUGUCACCUGGUCCUGACACCCAGCUGGAAGCCAGCAGAUCACUGAGUUAAAGCCUAAACAAGUUGUUUUUGCUCCUUCUGAAUGGGGAGGGGGAUUAACUUGGUUGUCUCAGGCUAAUUAGCAAAGCUAAUUAGAAGUGCUAAACAGUUAUAAAUUUUAAGUUUUGGUUCUUUAGUAAGAAAGGUGCUCAGUGAAAAGAUUGAGGACGAUGCUACUUGGUGCUUACUGAAAAUGUUUUUAGUUGCCAUAUGUACCAAUUACUGCCAUUUCUUUAUUUUAUUGAAAUAUUUGUACCUGUUAUUGCCAUUUCUUUGUUAUAUUGAAAAGUUUUAAGUAAAUAUCAAUUUUUCAGUGUUGUUGGUUUGUCAAUAUAUUUUUCUUUCUAACAGCAUUCUGCUUGUUAGACAAAGGAACCAUCUCAAGCUUUUGUCAACAAGAUGUUUGCUAAAGCUUUUAGGACAUGGCUUGGAAUGCUUGCAUCCUGUGUUGAAUUGUCUCAAGUUCAAGUCCUGGCUCUGCUUCUGAGUCCAGCUUUCUCUUAAUUUCUGCUUUCUGCUCUGGGAGGCAGUGGGUGAUGCCCUGUGUGGAUAGGUCCCUGCUACCCACGUGGGGCCCCCGGGUUGAGCCUCCGCUUAUGGCCUGGUUGUUUCUGAUGCAGGCUUUUGGGGAG